AUGUUUUGUUUGCACAGCCUGACGCCACAGCAGCUGAACAACACGGCCAAGGCAGAAAUGGAUCGUUUGUUCUUCACACGCUGCGCCAAAGUAGGCAGCGAGUCGCUCAUGGAGUUCAUGGAGAAUUUACAGCAGAUCAACGACUUCGAAGUCGAUCGCCUGGGCCUUAAGAAGUCGGUACGUCAGCUCUCGCCCAGGCAACAGGCCGAAAGGGCCGACCACAUUUACAACUCAGAGCCGGGCACUGUUUAUAUCGAGCACACGUCCUGGAUAGAUUUCAAUGCCUUCAACCUUCCUAAGCCCAUUUACAUAAAUCUAGUGCGCGAUCCCGUCGAACGCGUCAUCAGCUGGUAUUACUAUGUGCGCAAUUCCUAUCUGAAUGCCAUAUUUUAUCGCAAGAAUCCAAUGGCUACCCUCAAGCCUACCGCUUGGUUUAAGAAAGACUUUAACGAGUGCGUCCGCAGCGGCGACCCGGAGUGUCAAUAUGUGCCCCUCACAGUGAAAGAUUAUGUGGGCAACUAUAAGCGACAGUCGCUUUUCUUUUGUGGUCACGAUCGGAAUUGCUUACCCUUUGACUCCCCAUUGGCCAUACAAAUAGCCAAACGUAGGGUUGAAGAGGAAUAUGCGGUUGUGGGCAGCUGGGAGGAAACCAAUAUUACGCUAACCGUACUGGAGCAUUAUAUUCCGCGUUACUUUGCGCGUGCCACGACUUUGUAUCCAUUGUAUCAGGAUAAACUCCAAAACCGAAAUCGAAACAACCGUAAGCCCAAAAUUGAUGCAGAUGUUAAAGCUAUGAUCAGGCGUAAUUUCACCCACGAAUAUGAUUUCUACUAUUUCUGCAAACAGCGUCUCUUUAAGCAAUACAUUGCUCUGAAGCGUACAGAACUGGAACGUCUCAAUUUUACAUAG